CCUCGUCUAUGAGUCCAGUGGGCGUGUCGAACACGGACAAAACAGAGAACGCCAACAGCAAACGAAACUCAAACUGGCAAGUGAUUUACUUCACCAAAUCAGCGCUGUAUGGAGCCUACAAAUUUACAGAAAGCUAUAGCUGUAGCUAACAAAGCAUCACAGGAGGACCAAGCUGGAAACUAUGAAGAGGCUGUUAAGUCUUAUCAACAUGCAGUGAAGUAUUUUCUGCAUAUAGUAAAACGUGAACCGCAGGGUAAAGAGGGCAAUCAGAAGAUCAGAGAGAAGUGUAAGCAGUAUCUUGACAGAGCAGAAGAGCUUCAAGACUAUCUUGAUAAGAAAGAGAAAGCUAUAGAUCUCGCCAGUAAGGCAGCUCAGGAGGAUAAGGCCGAAAACUAUGAAGAGGCCCUGCGUCUAUACCAGCAUGCUGUUCAGUACUUUCUUCAUGUUGUUAAAUAUGAAGCACAGGGCGAUAAGGCCAAACAAAGCAUCCGGGCAAAAUGUGCUGAGUAUCUGGACCGGGCUGAAAAAUUGAAAGAGUAUUUGAAGAAAAAAGAAAAGGCCCCAGCGAAGCCUGUGAAGGAGUCCCAGUCCAGUGAUAAAGGAAAUGAGAGUGAUGAAGGAGAAGGAGACCCAGAGAAAAAGAAAUUUCAGAACCAACUUUCAGGAGCUAUUGUCAUGGAGAAACCCAAUAUUAAUUGGAAUGAUGUUGCUGGAUUAGAAGGGGCCAAAGAGGCCUUAAAAGAAGCCGUCAUUCUGCCAAUCAAAUUCCCACAUCUUUUCACAGGGAAAAGAACUCCUUGGAGGGGCAUUCUACUCUUCGGACCUCCUGGCACGGGUAAAUCUUACCUGGCCAAAGCUGUAGCGACAGAAGCCAACAAUUCCACAUUCUUCUCUAUUUCCUCCUCAGACCUGGUAUCCAAGUGGCUGGGAGAGAGUGAAAAACUGGUGAAGACCUUGUUUUCUUUGGCGCGAGAACACAAGCCUUCGAUUAUCUUCAUCGAUGAGAUUGAUUCACUUUGCGGCUCCAGAAGCGAGAAUGAAAGUGAAGCAGCUCGCAGAAUCAAGACAGAGUUUCUUGUCCAGAUGCAAGGUGUUGGUAAUGACAACGAAGGGAUCCUGGUGCUGGGAGCAACGAAUAUCCCUUGGACGUUGGACUCGGCUAUCAGAAGACGGUUCGAGAAGCGUAUCUACAUCCCCCUGCCGGAAGAGCACGCUCGUGCGUUUAUGUUUAAGCUGAACCUGGGCUCCACACCUAACAGCCUCACCGAAUCAGACUUCAACACUCUGGGCAAGAAGACAGAUGGUUACUCUGGUGCUGACGUCAGUGUUAUAGUCCGAGAUGCUCUCAUGCAGCCUGUCAGGAAGGUCCAGUCCGCCACUCACUUUAAACGGGUACGGGGACCAUCGAGAAGUGACCCAAACAUUGUAGUUGACGACCUCCUUACCCCUUGCUCCCCGGGCGACCCCCAGGCUGUUGAGAUGACGUGGAUGAACGUUCCUGGAGAGAAGCUUUUGGAACCAAUUGUUUCUAUGUCGGACAUGUUGAGGUCUCUUGCCAACGCAAAGCCCACCGUCAACGAACAGGAUCUGGACAAGCUGAAGAAGUUCACUGAAGACUUUGGACAGGAGGGUUGAAAAGAGCCGGUCUUUCCUGAAGCCAAAGCAAACUAAUUGUAAUUAAUUGUAACAUCAUCCCUUCUCACGGCCCUCUCUUCCUUUCAUACCAAUAUUCUUCCUCUGACCAACAAGUCCCACAGCUCAGGCUGAAGGUUAAAUGUAACCAGAAAUGUGUAUUACUUCAAAGCUCUCUAUACCAUCGUCUGAACUGAAUUUUGUCCACUUAUCUGUUAAUAGCUGCUCUGCGUCUGAGGCAGCCUAAGUACCUGCUGAGGUUUAAGACCAUCAUGCACCCUUAAUCGUUUAGUCUGGCAAUCUCAAACCUAAUCAUUUGUGUAAAACAAUUAGCAGUUUUAAAGAGACUAUUUUUUGCAGUGACUAAACAUCGAAGGAGUACAAGUAUCUAAACGGACACAAUAGUUAAGCUCAUUGACACAAAGACUUUUCAUCCCCAGCUUAAAAUAUUUUUGAUUAUUGUUUAUGGGCCUAUCUUGGAAAGAGAAAAACGUUUCAAUGGCUCUGUAUUGUUUUUGUAAAGACCCUUUUUUUAUGGGUGGAGGUGCAGAUUUUGUUCACAGGCGUGUAAUAAGUGCUCUCAUUUUACAUAAAUAUAAAGACUGCUUCUCAUUUGAAUAUGUGCAAUGGGAUUCGAUACAACACUUCCCUAAA